UACGUCGCGUGCAGUGAUGUCAUCAUAUACACGUCUAAAAAUAAAUAAUGACACUGCAGAAACUAAAAUGGCUGCCGAAAAUCGUAGAGAAGGAAGCGACACUGGCGAGUGAGGGUAUCGCGAAUGAGUGGUAAGGCCUACGAUAAAUUGAUUCAAGAAAUAAAGUGUCAGUCACUGUAAACAUCAGGUAGAUUGCUUGCAAAUUGCCUAACUAUUCUGUAACUGCUGUUGCAUGAGGAAGUAAAGAACCACCAUUCGGCUACACACACAUCAAAACGGAUUGCCGUUUCACAUGUGAAGUAUCAGUUCUGGGAGGCGAGGAGUGCAGUUGUCAUGGCCUACCACUCCCAGUCGCUGGGACGAUCUCUCUCAGUGACCAGCUUGGAAGGCAUUCAGGUGCGUCUUGGGGAGCGAUUCAGACCCCCAGAAAAAGUUACCUUACCUCCGGGUUACAAGGAACCCAACCCAUCUGCAACACUCAAUGCAACCCAGUACUCCUUUGAGACGGAGCGCACAUUCCUGCAAUUUCUCGACGCCAAGCGAGCCUCAGAUGCAGCCAAGGAGGCAAUCAAGCAACAGGCGAGGGAAGAACAGCGCGCUGCGGCAACAAGCCCUGUCCAGCUCCCUAACGGAAUCUUGCAACCGACCGCUGCAAAAACCAGUAAAUCAGAGCCCAAAAAUCACUCCAUUCCACCAAUGGCGAGCUUGGGCGGUGACAUCAUGAAGCCGGUACCCUUGGCCACCGCUAACACACCCAGCAGUACCAGCAGGCUACCGGCCGGGGCUCCGCACCGCAAUCAGAACUUUGACUUUGCAGAUUUUGAAAACAAUGCUUCGGAUCCCUUCGAGUCAACGGAACUGGAAACAAUCGAUGAUCUUGAGGAGCUUAAGAGCGUGCUUGCUUUUACUCAUGUCCCUGCCCAACCAGGAUCCGUGACUUCUGAACAGCCGCUACGCUCCCCUGAUCAUUCCCUUGACAUGGAGGUUGACUCCUGCCCACCAGAAGUGACAGAAACAGCGACAGUUAGCAUACAGGCCUCAGAAAAACUUGUUUCAUACAAACCGGACAAACCUAAGCCCCCUAGCAAACCGCAGACACUAUCGACUGGGAUGAAUGGACCUAAUUCUCAACUACCCAAGGGCCAAGCCAAUCUGAACCCCUUGCCUCAAUCCCCUGAAGGAAACCCGGACCCUUUCGUACGGAAUCCCCUUCCCCCGAUUAACUCAACUAUAAAUGACAAUGGUUUGGCAUUCAGUCCAGGGGAUGGUGGGCCAUCUCGGUUGAUCGCUAGAGGUCCCACCACGGAUCAUUCGGUUCAGCCCCUUCGUAACAGGUCACCGCCCCCGAGUUAUGACUCUCAGGACUUUACUUCAGCGAGUAACCCCAUGAUUAGUCCCAUGGAUCUCCCUCCGAGUUACCCACAGAGUGUUUCCCUUGAGACAAUCAGCUGUACGCCUCUCCCAGAUCUUGACUUUGAGAAUCUGAGUCGGUACACCCCCCUCCCGCCCUCCCCCCACCAGUCCCGGACAAACUCUGUGGACCACGGCCAAGCCUCGCCGGAUCCGGUCUUUGACGGCAUGAAUUCCGAGGAUAGGAACUUUGUGUUGACGAUUGCGUCGAUGGGGUUCCCUCGAUCCCGUACAGCAAGGGCAGUACGUGAGCUUGGGCACGAUGAUAGACUGGUCGUGGAGUGGCUUUGUGCUGUGGAUCAUCUAUGCAGCAUGGGUUUCCAAGAAGACAAAGUUGAAUUCGCGCUCAAUCUGCAGAACAAUGACCUGAAGAAGGCUGAAGAAUUCCUCCUCCUUAGUCAGCGAUUCGAAGAGUUGGGAUUCAAGUCGGAGGACAUCAAACGGGAGCUGAUAGUCCACGGAAACAACGAGGACAAGGUUCUCAAUGUCUUGACAGCAAAGAGCUGAAAAAAAAGGCCAAAUUGAAACCUCAAAAAUGCAUUUGUACUUUAAAGCAAAGGUUGUCACAAGCUUAAUUUGACUCUCUUAUUUGGCAAAUGUAAAUGCAAAGGCACUUUUUACCUAGACUUACAUCACUUAACCCUAAAUCCCUGAGCAUUUUGUUUAAUAGGGUGCAACCUCAAUCCUGCAAAAAUCUUCCAACUGCCGCCAUGUAAAAAUUGCAUACAGCCUCAAACCUCCAAAAUCCUCCGUUAUUUCUUGAAUGUGGUCCUGGGAGGGGUGACCACUGCCUCAA